AUCGUGGGGUUGGGAAUGGAAAGCAGGGAGGAGGGCAGUCUGCGAUUUGGCUCGAGUCGAGGCAAGGAUCGCGCCGCUGUGCUGAUGCUCCUAAACGCGGGUAUGCUCGUCUCGGGGCGUAUAUCGCUCGGAUCGCAGCUUUGGCGAUGUCCUCGCUUGGUCGACUCGUUGUAGCUAGUAGACAGAGCCGAGCCCGCUCCUGGCGGGCGCCCUCGAGCACGCCUCCAUAGGCAAUAUAUGGCAAGAAUAGUUGCGAGGAGUACACCAGCUCCGGCAGCACCUCCCCCAGCGACAGCUGCGGUGCUCACUCGACUUCGCACCACUGUCGAGGAUGUCGCGGAUGUAGUGGCGACAGGUGAGGGAAGCGAAGAUGUGUUCGCUUCUGGACUUAUACCCUGAGUGGGUCCAGCGCCGGAUGUGGAAGUGGUGGACGAAGCAGUGAGGCAAGAUGUGUCCUCACCGGCGAUGAUAAAUAACGGCGAUAUCGCCCGUACCCCAUAUCCCAACGCCUCAAGAGUGUACUGUCCCGUGGUGAUAUUCACCGGCGACCAGUUCCACGCUUGUAAAGUAGCAUCGACGGCGAGAGCAACGAGAGUCGAAACUUGUUUCGCUGUGUUCGCAGAGUCCGUGUGUGGCGGAAGGUUCGGAGAGACGAGGAACUCU